AUGAAGCUCUCAACGCCAAUUCCUGAACAUCAAGCUGAUCCGACCCUCGAGCCGUAUCAGGUGUUCCCGCCACCGCCACAUGCUUUAGUGGAUUCUCGCGGUGGUCAACGCUUUCUGGUGGAGCGUAUCUUGAACCACUACGACGUGAAAGGCGUCCGGACGAGUUACCUCGUCCGCUGGCGUGGCUAUCCACCGGCGUGGGACAGCUUGGAGCCUCGUGCCCAGCUGAUUGUUGAUUUCCUUGGUCUCGUCGAGCAGUACGACGAGACCCACCCGCUGCGUUUGAAGAAGGGCCGUCGGAAAACGACCUCCCCGAACGCGAGUACAGGGAUUGCAAAGUGUCAAUCCCUUCGGCCAUCUCAGAAGAGAUGCACGCCCUCCAGUAGAGAUCAUUAG